AUGUGGAAAUAUAAUUACAGUGUAGUUAAUGAAACUACACCAGAAAUAUCUUUCAAGAAGCAAGUUAAAAGAAAAUUAAUAUCAUCUGAUGAUGAAAUAGAAAGAAAAGAAAGUAGUACUGACAGUGAUUCAGAUGUGUCUUCAGAGAAGAAAAGUCAAACGAGAAGUUAUAACAAACAAAUGAAGAAAAGGAGACGAAUAAAACAGAUGUCGCAGUCAUCUGAAGAUAACAGUGAUGACGAUGUUCAAAUUAUUUCAGAGAAUCAAGAUCAAGGAGAUACACCCAUUGGGAAAGGAAGAAAAAAUAUCAGAAAAUUGAUAUCUGAUAAAAUGUUGAGAGAAGAAACUAAAGCUGCUGCCCAAGCUGAACUAGAACGAAAAAGGCGUAUUUUAGAAAGACAAAAAGCAUACAAUCACACUGUUAUAGAAGUUACUGAGACUGGAGAGCGUGUAACUAAAAAGCUAGUUCUAGAAGUUGAUGAAGAAAACAAAGAAGAAAUAAUUCAAGUACAUCCAAGUCUUAUUGUUAAACUGAAACCUCAUCAAGUAGAAGGUAUUCAAUUUUCAUAA